AUGGUGGGUCCUAGCUCGCAGGUCAGCAAAAUAUUGCUGUCGCUGCUGUUUUUGCUGAUCGUGUUUUUCGCCUGGAUGGACGUGAAUCUGUACAUUCGCAUCCAGGACUAUCCGAUCCGUGAUACGGAUCCUUUCCUGGUGGCAGCAAACAGCACCCUCUUGAAGCCGGUUCCCGGUGGCAGCCAUCCAAGCACAGUCACAUCGCCGUUACUCGCGCCUUCCUCCACGAUGCCACACCAGCUGAACCGACACAUCGUCCGGUACGAGGAUGUGGCCUGGGUGAGCUGCGAACUAAACCCGCUGUGUGACGUGACCGUGAAGGCGAUGAUGCUGGACCACACGAAUCACUACCUUUUCGCACCGAUCGCCACGAUAGUGGACAACGUGGCCGGCUUCUCGAAGGGUGAUCUCGUGACACCGAACAUGAUAUCCUUUUUCCACGUGUUUGUGGCGAUCGCUGCCGGGCGCAUGGUGGCGUCGGAUUCGCUCGGUUACCGCCGGAUUGGUGUGGUGCUGUUCCAGUUUCGUACGUUCCUUGACGACCUGGACGGGCAUGUGGCACGUGCGAAAAAGCACAUCCGUGGUGAGCGAUCAGAUAUCGGCUCGGCGGGUUAUUACAUCGACGGGAUCUGCGAUGGGCUCGGUUGUAUCGCCCUCAUGAUCGGGGUGUUUGUGUUCCUGAAGAACAACCCACCCCGGCGCGGGUACACUCAGCUCCAGUCGAUCAUCCCGGUGGCGGAAUCCAAAAGCUCCGAAUCGGGCGUCAUCUACAAGGUGAAGGUGACGACAAAAAAGGUCGCCCGCAAGGUGCUGUGCUACACCGGCAUGCUGAUGCUGAGCUCGACCGGGUGGAACCGCUACAUCGCCAUCUACCAGGACAUGCUCGAGCGGGAAAACGUCACACCGGCCCAGUACCUGCAGCAGGAGUCGGUGUUCCGCUCGACCGGGUUCUUCUUCAUCGCCUGGCUGUGGCGGAUCUUUAACGUGCACGCGCUGCUCCACUUUCUGCUGCUAAGCAUCUUCUGUGAUAAGCUGUGGGAGUACCUGCGAGUGAUACAGUACGCUGGUUAUGUCGCGCUGCUCGUCGUCAUCAGCGUCGCCGAGAUGCAUCUGCUCGGUGUGCAAAACUUCAUCUACAAAUCACUGACGGUUAACAAUACUUCGUUGUGAUUGCGCUGCUAAGGUGUUGCGGAGGUGGAUCCGUCCCGCCGUUGGUUGCCUAACCGAACAGGCUUGCCCCAAGGUGUCUCCGUUGUAACGGGGAAAUGGAAUGGCCCAGCAGCGCGCUAGCUGUUUUUAGCAACUCUCGCAACAGUUCCCGUGU